UAGAGCUGAGUAUCAUCAGCAUAACAGUGAAAGCUAACGCCAUGUCUCCUGAUAAUAUCUCCCAAGGGUAACAUGUAAAGCGUGAAAAGUAACGGCCCUAGUACUGAGCCUUGAGGUACUCCAUACUGCACUUGUGAUCGAUAUGAUAUCUCUUCAUUCACUGCUACGAACUGAUGGCGGUCAGAUAAGUACGAUUUGAACCAUGCUAAGGCACUUCCACUAAUGUCAACAAAGUUUUCUAGUCUAUUCAAAAGAAUGUCGUGGUCGACUGUGUCGAACGCAGCGCUAAGAUCCAGUAGAACUAAUAAAGAGAUACAACCACAAUCAGAUGAUAGAAGCAGGUCAUUUGUAACUCUAAUGAGAGCAGUCUCAGUACUAUGAUACGAUCUAAAUCCUGACUGGAAUUCCUCACAGAUACAAUUAUAUUCCUUCCUAGAGAAAAAUGAUGAGGAUACUACCUUUUCUAGUAUCUUUGACAGAAAAGGGAGAUUUGAGAUCGGUCUGUAAUUAGAUCUUUGGGGUCAAGUUGUGGUUUUUUAAUGAGAGGCUUAAUAACAGCCAAUUUGAAGGUUUUGGGGACAUAUCCUAAUGACAAUGAUGAAUUAAUAAUAGCCAAAAGAGGAUCUAUGUCUUCUGGAAGCAGCUCUUUUAGUAGUUUACAUGGAAUAAGGUCCAACAUAGAUGUUGUUGGUUUAGAUGAUUUAACAAGUUUAUACAAUUCUUCCUCUCCCACAGUAGAGAAUGAGCGGAAUUGUUCCUCAGGGGAUCUAUAGUGCGCGAUGCGAUACUGUAGCUGAUGGCUGCAUGGAUACAAUUUUAUCUCUGAUAGUAUCGAUCUUGGAAGUAAAGUAGUUCAUAAAGUCAUUACUGCUGUGCUGUUGGGAAAUGCCAACACCUGUUGAUGCUUUAUUUUUCGUUAAUUUAGUCAUUGUAUUGUAGGGGUGGGCGAUAUGACCAAAAUCUUAUAUCACGAUAUGACUAACUUUAUAUCACGAUAAUGAUAUAUAUCACGAUAUAGUAAUUUUUUUCUUUUAAAAAAGUUAUGAUAUUAAAAUCUUUGAUACCAUAGAAUUUUCAUAAUCCUUGUCACCAAUGUCAAUAUCAAACUAAUACAAGCCUAAAAAUAGACAAAAAAACAAAACAAAAAAACUCAAGCUCACUGAUAAUAAAUAAACAGUCAGUGAUGAAAUAAGUAUAAGAAACUAAUUGCAAGCAAUAGGACAAAAAACUACAAUAAAUAAUUAAUUUACACACUGUAUGCAGCGUUUCUUAAGUCUUCACUGUGUUAAUUAUAUCUAUCUAUCUAUGAUACAUACAAUUAACACGUGUAUUAUGUAUAGAUUCUAUACAUGUAUACACUCAAAAAAAUGAUACGGUCUAAAUUGACAUUUUAUGUAAUUCAAUUGCAUAACAAUUUUCCAUCCAUUUAGAUUACAUAGUUUUAACAUAAACAAAUCAAUAAACUUAAUAUGAUUCAUAUCCAUCAGUCAUACGUGAAUGAAACAGGUAAGAUUUAUGUAAUAAUUCACAGCAAAGUCCCCACACUGCUCAGUGUUCAUGUGUUUCCACACUACAGAGUGUCCAAGUAGAAUUGAAGCAGUGCUGGAGUUAAGAAGAUAAUUAUGUGAUGAUUGAUCAUUAAUGUUGAACAGCUGCUGUUAUCAAGAAGAAUCACCGAAGAAAAGAGAAACACAAAAACUACAAAUGACUUCAGCCACAGCCGAAGAUGAAAUCAACUGAAAUAAAAGAAGACAUUAAAUCUCUCAAGAUCUGAUUAAACAGCUUCACAAACAGCAUCAUAUUGACCAGAUUGACUUUAUUUCUGUCAGACUUCUACACAGCAAAUGUCAGUGUUACAAUCCCAGAGUUGUGAUGACCAGAGUAUAAUUUAUACACUUUGGAGUACAAUGGGCUUAAAGUACACUUAUCAGGUUUCACCAGAAACUCUCUCUAGAGUUAGGUUAUUGGUAGUGUCAGAGUAGUGUUGAUGUGGAGCUGUUGUGGUGUUUAUGGUGGGAUGAUGAACUCUUUGAGAGUCAAUCUGUCCCGUCCGCACAUGAGUUUAGGUUUCGAUACGUCAUCAGAUCGACUACGCGUUGUCAUUGGUUGAAUCAUGAAGCAGCCUCGUGGAGACCAGUUUCCAACUGACGCAUCCAAAAACGUCGACAUUUUGACUCCGCGGAGCUACGUUAUAGUAACAUGUGAGGAAAACUACAGCAAUGCUUUUCAAAGUACAGUACCAAGGAAAGAAGUACAUCAAACUCAAUGGAGCAUCAUAUCCAGAAUUUCUCAGGGAGGACGUGCUCCCCCUAUGGAGAAAAGAGCACAGUAUGCAUUGGGGAUAGUAACACUGUUCCCCUCUCUAAAAGAUCCCUACUCCAAAAAAGGCUAUGAACACUUUUUUGACAUAGACAGCAAUGAGGGCUACAUUGCCUGGAAGAUUAAAAACACUCAGCGAGAACUCAGCAAUGGAGGUACCAGUGGGGGUAGGAGAAGGAGCUCUCACACUACGAACAACAGCGGACCAAACGUAGAGAGAGAAGUGACUAAAGUGCAGCAGUUGGAGGGAGACCAGUGUCGUGAGGCCAUAUCUCUACUGAAACACACCACAGACAACGAACAGAUCUUCUUGAAAAUGAGAGAAACCUUCCAACACAGACAAAAGUUGAUCCAUGAUCCUGAGCAAUGCAGCACAGUGCUUACUGUGUUCCCAAGGUUCCUUGACACAAAAGGCCUGGUGGUGCAAGACUUUGAUCUGUUGUUUGGAGCUGAGACCUCAUCAAAACUCCUUGAGAAAUGGGAUUUCCUGAAGGGCAAAGUAAUAGAGCAAGCCAAGGACCUCAGCAAGACACCCCUGCUUGAUCACCUCAUCCAGUCUGCAGAGGAGAACACUGAUGAGGAUGACGAGGUCCCAGGUUGGGAUAGUGACCCUUGA